GCACCAACUUUUCUUGGUCGAUAUCCAUCUCAGCACCCUCAAGCUUCAGCCCAACGGACUGUGAACAUGGCGCAAAACGCCCCCGAGCGCACACUAGCUCAACUGUUGGCAACAGGCCAACCCUCCGAUCUCACGCUAUCGUGUCACGGGCACAUUUUCGAAGUCCACAAGGCUAUCGUAUGCUCGCAGUCACCGGUACUGAAGGCGGCGGUCCAUGGACCAUUUGAGGAGGCUCGGACUGGCAUCAUCAAAGUCGGAGGCUUUCGACCGGAGACUGUGAGGCAAAUGGUCGAGUUUCUCUACACCACAGACUACAAUUACUCCGCCGUCCCGAUGAAAGACCUUGACAGCCAGGCAGGCGACAGCGAAAUGCCCAACGAUGAACUUCACCAAACCGUGCGAGUAAACGCUAUUGCAGACUACUACCAGAUUCCCGAACUUUCAGACCUCUCCAGAAAGGUCUUUGCAAAACUGUGCAAGCUUGGCCAGACUGAAGCCACUGUACUGAGCGCAAUAAAGGAAGCACAUGCAACCACCGGCGACGCAGCACUGCACGAGAUCAUGGCUACUGCGUUGGCACAGAACAUACCCCUACUCGCCAGAGAAUCACAUUACGACACUGGCAUUGGACCGACAAUUCUUUCCAAGACUUUCGAAAAGAUCCAGGCCGCAAAACUCCAUGACCAGAAACACAUCAGUUGGCUCGAGGCUUCUUUGCAAAAGGAGCGGACUCGGCGGGAGCAACUGGAGGUAAGCCCUGAAAAGAAACGUUUCAAGGACAAAGCCCACGACAGUCUGGAACAGUUGAAGUCAUGUUUUCGUUGCAAGGCAACCUUUAAUUGCCAUUCUGAGGUGAUCAGGAGUUUCUCAACGCCGUAUCUUGUGAUUCGAUGCAGAGGAUGUCAUCGGGUGGCUGAAGCCGGUCUGGACGACAGCACAGGGGUACCGAAACAAGCGAUCUAUCCGUUCUGAUAGGAACCUGGACCACGGGGCUUCUUUCGCGGCAUGAGCUUGCCGCAAGUAAGACUCGACGACCCCUUGAAAGCCCUUAUUGUUUUGAAUACAUCAUGUAAGGGGGGUCGUCAAUGACUGCCAUGUGUGCUGAACAAGCAGCCUCAGAUAUCUAAGGAC